AUGGCUUCGUCGCCGCACGUGCUCUCCACAGUAGAAAUCUUUGCCGGACGCGUCGUCCCCCAUGGCUAUUACAAGAUCAUCCAUCGCGAUUCGUGGUAUGGUGAUUCGGCGUUCUACCUUCGCAUCCUGGGGUUCGCCGUCUUCUUUACCUUCCUUCGCCUUGUGGUCGCCCGCUGGGUUGUCAAGCCAUUGGGCAAGCCCCUGAACCUCAAGGCUUCCCAUUAUACCAAACUGGAGGAGGCCAUCAUGCAGGUGGGCUUCUACACUUGGGGAUGGUCCUACAAUGCUGCCUACCUGUUCAAGCAAGAUUGGUUUUGGCACCCCAUG